UGGCCGAAUAAAAGCAACUUUAGGUGAUUACGGAGGCUGAUCUCGCGAUCAUACCAAUCUGAUAGGCCUACCAACGCGAUCUUGUGGCUACAGUUUUUAUUUUCAACUGUGCAAUUCAAAAGUUGGACAUCGCGUCCAGAAUGAAACGACAAGUUCCAAGGCUAAUUGCUUGGUUUACGGAAGUAUUUGUAAAGCUGCUCAUUUCAACGGUUGCCAUCUGAGGUGAAACUAGGCAUAGCUACAUAUACAUCUCUGUGGUCUCUUUUGUUAUGUACAUGAUAACAACGUUUUUGGUGUGAUAUUUUUUUAAAUGUGAAGCUAGCUAGCUACAUCAAGAACACACACACAUACGUUCACAAGUUAUCCAUGAAGCCACUGUUGGAUUCUGAUGAGGCGGAAGAAGAGUUGGGAGCAUAUCAAAAGAAACUCCGAGAGAGAGCAAACCGCAGCAUCCAGCAGCUCAGCAGUGCAUUGGAAGAGCCCAGCUCAGAUGCAGAGGGCAUGGAACCAGGCAGGGCUGGAGACACAGACAGCACGACUGGAGAGGACUCAUGGAACCAAAGGCAACAGAGUGAAGCUGUCAAUCAGCUGCGAUCACUCCUGCAAAAGCAGCAAAAAGAGACACUUUCACUCACUUCUCCUUCAAAGAGAAAAUCUUCUCCAAAGAGGUGUCAAGAUGAUGUGAGCUCUAGCCUGCCUGCUGUUAAAGACCUGGUGCCCAUUCUCCACAACCAGUCAGAGUACAUCCAGCAUCUGGAGGCUGAGGUCAAGUUCUGCAAGGAGGAGCUUCUGGGGAUGAAACAGAGGAUAAGGGUGGUGGUGGUAGAGAAUGAGAAACUACAUGGAGAGAUCAAGUCCAAACUGGUGGAAGACACCCUGAAAGACUACACUCUCUUAGAUGGCACGGUGAAUUCCGAGCCACCCAGAGAAGACAAUCCUCAAAGAACAGCUUUCAUACCAGCUCAUAUUGUCUUUCAACAAGCAGAGGAACACAAGUGGAAGAAAGAACUGGAGCAGCUCAAAUCCCUCUAUCUAGCCCAGACAGAGACACUGGAAUCUCAAGUAAGGUCACUGAACAAGAACCUGGCCAGCAGUCAGAAGGAGUGUGAAGAAGUCAAAGGUCGUCUGAGACAUAAGGAAGCAAUGGCAGCGGCGGGCAGUGCCAAGCAGUGCGUAGGAGGCCUCUGUCUGAAGUGUGCCCAGAAUGAGGCCGUGCUGGCAGAGACGCACUCCAACAUGCACAUCCAGGCCAUUGAGAGACUCACCAAAGAGCGUGAUGAGCUGAUGAGUGUGCUGUGCUCUUUGAGGGCCAGUCAGAGUGAGGCCCAGCAGAGAGAGUGGGCAGCCUACCAGCAGGUCAAACAGGCUGUAGAGAUGGCUGAGGAGGCCAACCUGGAGAAGACCAGGGCGGUGGUGCAGUGCGAGGCAUUUGCCAGGGAGCUGGCCAGACAGAGAGAGAGGCUGGAGACUGAGAUGGCUGCAGAGCAGGAGAAAAUCUCUGAGGCCAGAGAGGUGGUACGCAACGAGGCCCUCAAGGAGAAGCAGACACUGGCCCAAACGGUGGCCAGCCUAUCCCAGAGGGUAGCAGAGCUGGAGGGUCAACUGGCCAGGGAGGAAAGAGAGAGGGGCUCCCUGAGCACCCAGCUGGAUGAGACCCUACGCAAACUCACAUCACAGGAGCAGGACACCAGCAAGGUGUGUGGGGAGCUGCGUUACCGCCUCAGCCAGGCUCAGCUGAAGAGAGAGGAGGCAGAGAGGGAGCUCCGAGACUGCAGCUCCAAGACAACACGGCAGCUCCAGAUGACUGAACAGGAAGUGGAGAAGCUGGGUGUGGAGCUGAGCGUCUGCCGGCAGCGUUUGGACCAGGCCCAGAGGGACGCGGGCCGACUGCAGGCGGAGGCUCUGAGCCUGACGGAGCGGCUGGGCCGAGCUGAGCACCAACUGCACCUCACCAGGCAGGAGAAGGAGAGUGCGGAGCGCUGCCGGGGCGAGGACAUGGAUGCUCUGACCUUCUCUGCACAGCAGCGCGAGCAGGAGCUGACACAGAGGCUCCAGCAAAUGGAGGCGCAGCACGAGCGGAGCGUGGGUGAGCUGGAGGCCCUCCUCAGCUCCCAGAAUGCCCUGAUAGGGAAACUGAAGGAUGAAUGUCUCAGUCUGGGGACCAAGCUGGAGACGCUGACAGAGACUAGCAGGCGUGAGGUGGAGCAGCUCUCCCUGGAGAAGGAUCAUCUGGAAGAGAGUGUUGGGAAGCUGAGAGCUCGCUGUACAGAGAUGGAAGAGCAGUGUGUACAACAUGGGAGGAUGCACCAGCGCAUGAAGAACAGCUGGCCUGUGUAGCCUGGGGCUGAGGCUGGGCGGCCUGCUGAAAUAGCAUUGUCAAACGGUGGCUUUACAGCUCCGAUGCUGUACGCCGGGCCGCUUCCCAGAGGCAUGCAAGCUGGAGAGCUGUGUUACUAACCAGAGCAUCACAUCAACAGACCUCUCAGCGUCACACCGUCCACAAAACCAACUAAAACAGCAACAUUAGCUCUUUUAGAACUAUGACUUUCAUUGGUUUAGUUUGUUAUUUUGGAGUUUUGUUUUGUGUAACAGUUUGUCGUUACAUUACUGUGGUUAUUUUGGCUCAUUUUUACCACCAGACAUUGUUUUUAUUGGGAGUAUCUAAAAAAGGUCAAGUUUUAUUUUUUAUUUUUUAGGAAGACUGGAUGCUGUGUUUAGCUUGUGUUCUAUUGGAGACCAGGACUGUGUCAGCAAAUCCACUGUUCUGUUGUCUACGUGAGCUAUUCAUUAUGCCAAUAAUUACAUGGAUUAAAGAUAUUAAAUCAAUCUAAUAAAGGUACCAUGAUCAACAACGGGCCAGUCUAUUCCUAACAGGUUGGGGGUAUGAUAUUCAUCAUGGCCUCCGGGCAUACACUCCACCCACCCCUGUGCCAUGCCAGGUUUAGGCUUAGGCAGGGUAGGUUGGGCUGAGCUGGGGUGGGUAAGGUUUCUUUUAAGGGGGGUGAGGUGGGGUGCUGAGCAGCUGUAGUCGUGCUGCCCCUGGCGGUAUGGUUUUAACCAGGCAAGCCAAGGCAGUCUGCCUUCAUUCUUCACCCCCUCUCCUCACCCUCUAUCCCCCAUGAUCCCCAAUCUGGGCUGGGUUGUUAGUGGUGGUUCAUCUACUCCCAUUCAAAUGAAUAUUGCAUAAUGACAGAUUGAACAUGGGUCAGACUCUUGCUAAGGAGAUAUGCUUUUUCCUGUGACCGUAUAAUGUCCCUUAUGUUAGUGCAAAGUGAUGCCAAAUUCAGACUUCUAUCCUCACCAAGUUGUAUUCUAUAGGUUUAACUGGAGUUGUUCGGAUGGUCCUAAUGUUAUACUACAGUAUUCAGUUCCAAAGAAGUUUCCAGGAUAUAAUUUAUUUCCAGGACACUCCUCUGAUAUGGGGAAAGAGUGGUGUUCUU